AUGAGUACUGACCAAUUUAACAGACUUGCAGCUUUAGUAAGCCCCUUGCAUGUUAAAAAUCGGACAAAUAUGAGAGCCCCACUGAGUCCAGAAGAAAGGCUGAGCAUUUGUUUGAGGCACCUUGCAACUGGAAACAGCUACAGUUCUUUGGCAUAUAGUUUUCGUGUUGGGAAAUCUACUGUAGGAGUUGUGGUGCCUGAGACAUGCAAUGCUAUAUGGACAGCUCUUCAGCCGGUAUAUCUAAAAGAGCCAGAGAGAAAAGCUCCAGCACAUGCUGGAGGAGGCAUUUUUUUCUCAGCUUCAAACCUUGGGAAAAAGCUUUCUCGUGAUAAAGAAUUUCUGCCUGGGUACAAAAAGUUACCAAAAAGCUCCAAAUGUCUGCCACAUGUCUUCGUUGGAGAUGAAGCAUUUGGACUGAAAGAAAAUUUCAUGCGUCCAUAUUCAGGUAGAAACUUAAGUAAUUCAAAAAGGAUUUUCAAUUAUAGGCUCUCCAGGGCAAGAAGAUGUAUAGAAAACACAUUUGGUAUUUUGACUGCUCGCUGGAGGAUUUUACGGAAUCCAAUUAUUGCACAGCCUCAGACAGCAACAUUAGUUGUUCAGGCAUGUUGCUGCCUGCACAAUUUCUUGAUGAAAUACGAGUCUAUAUCUCAUAAUUAUAAAUACUACCCACCUAAUUUUGCCGACAGACCCAUGCUUGAGAUAGCCAAUAAACUCUGGCGAGAUGAUACAUCUUCAAAUAAUGGUCUACUGAAAGUUCUUAGAUUAGGGAACAAUAACUAUUCAUUUUCCUCUGGAUCAGUUCGUGAUUUAUUCUGUAGUUAUUUUGAAAAUGACGGACCACUCUCUUAGCAAAAUAAAAGCAUAGGUCUGAGAGUGCAACCCAAUUAAAUCUCUACAUAUAAUAAAAGAAAGAGUGUGUCUGUGUGUGUUCUUUCGUUUACACUG